CGCUCCACGACCUCUCACGACCUAUUUAACGACCUGCUUUGAUUUGACGCCAUGAGUGUAUCAUCUUCUAACGACCCUUUUGACGACACGCGCCGUCCACUUCUGCUCGAUAUCCGUCGGUGGUCGCUCCUGCGAAGUCAGCCUAUACCCGACAACUCCACACCGCUGUCUCCGCUUUCCGCAUCCUCACACCGUCACCCACAUCUUCCUUCAUACCUCGAGUCUGGAUUCUACGAUACCCCUCCCCCACGCAGCAGUCUAGCAGAGAAGCUAUCUAUGCGCGACGCGCGCUCCGAGGACCUCGACCCAGACCAGGAUACCAUUGUCCCGAACAAGACAGGAGGUUCACAGGGCGGAGAUGGAUCCGGUGCUCCACAGCCGCAGGCGCCGGCGAAGAAGAGCCCACCCACGACGACGAAGAGCGGGAACACCGCAUCGACGAACGCGCUCGUGUCCGCAUGGCAGGACAGGCUACAGGUGCUCACCGUCGUCACAACGUUCCUCGCGUCCAUGGACGGCACCCUUUUCUCGAUGACGAACUACCGCACCUCGCCCGCCCUGCUGCCCAACGAGCCGAGCGACCAGCUCUCCGAGCUCAUCUAUGCCGCGUUAGUCGGCGCCAUGAUACUCCAUAUCUGCGCAUCUCUCCUAGGCUACAUAGCCUCCUUCGUCCUCGUGAAAUAUACCAUCAUUGAAGCUGAUCCGUACUACUCACACCCGCGCGACCCGUCGUACCACGGUCCCCCGCUGGACGGCAACGGCGGCGGACCGCCAGCCGCGCAGCUCGUUCUCGAGCCGCUCCGGCUCCGCCGCCGCCAACGGGCGGACUCAUCGCUCCCCACUCCAGUGCUGCACACACCCCGGUACAUGCCCCCGCCCGCGGUGGACCCGUACGAUCCGAACGCGAUUCCCGCUGCCGCUCCGACCUGGGAGGGCUACCCCGGCAACGCCGGCGGCUCUACCGGCGGCGGUAGCGGCGGCAGCAAUAAUCCAGGCAGAAACAGCGACCCAGUAUCGCAGCCCCACGCGUCGCCGCCGCCAGAGCAGCAGCACCACAAGCUGCACAAGCCGCGGCCCGAGAACUACCAUAAGCCCUCGAAGAUACCGCCUCCGCCGAUCCGGAUGCUGACGCGGUGCUUCUACGGCACGCUCGUGCUCGCGCUGCUCGGGUUCGUGCUUGCUCUGCUGGGCGUCGUGGUGUAUGCGUGGGCGGCGCUCAGGGAGCCCGUGGGGAUCGUCGCUGCUUCGUGUGUGGGUGUGGGUGUGACGACGGGGAUUGUUGUGUUGAUUUGGUAGUACGCGGGGUCGGACGUGGGUGCUGGUGGAUGUACGUUGGUGCUCAUGUUGGUGCUUGCGUUGCUGUAUUUUGGGGAUCGCUUAAUGACUCUCAUCGCUGAACCGUUCACGAUACCUUACGAUUUCUUGUAGCCGUCAUCAUAUCUUUAUUACGUAGUUUUUCGAUAUCCCAGUGACCAGGCCGUAUACGCCUCGACUACGUCAGAGUCUGGUAUACGAUACAUCUUGUACUUGUGCAGAUUGUACGUCUCCUAAUGAGCUAAUACUUUCUGCCUACC